AUGCAGGCACCACCGACUCCUCCAGCAGAACCAUCAGCGCUUCCGGAGGCGCCGGCUUCCGCAGCGCAAGCGACUGCAGCACCCGCGGCAACGUCGGCAUCUGCGCCGGCGUCUGUGGCACCCGCCAACUCCCCUUACCCAGCCCUCUUCCCCGCAAUCGCCGACGCCUGUGCCCGUGCAGAUUACUCUCGAGUUGCAAGUCUUGCAGAGGCCGACGAUGUACACGUCUCCAGUAACCAUGAUCAGCACCGUCUGCUGAUUACUGCGCCACUCGUGCUCGCGAACCUCAUUCUCGACGAUCUCCCACUAGCGAAAUUCGCACUCUUCCGCUUGCCCGGCCCAUUGGUAGAUUUACCAUUGUCCCGUGCCCUCUUUGGCCUCACGGCUUCCGUUUCUGAACGCCGUCAUGCGCAUGUGUACGAGCGUGCAGCGGAGCUUCGCUCACUGGUCACGUCUCCCGACUUCUCUGAAUCAGUGGCCUUUGGUCAGACGCUCAUCACACUGACGGACGCGUUCCUCGAGGCGUUCCGUGAGCGCGUCUUCACGCUGGUCGCGCGUGCAUACACAUCCGUUCCCGUGCAACUCGCCCAGGCUUAUUUGGGUUGGCCCCAAGAACAGGUUCUCUUGAUCGCUCAAGCGCACAACUGGGGAUACGACGCUUCCACACAGAUCUUGACACCCACUCACCGGCCAUCGACGGCCGGCGCUUUCAACUUGACCUCAACACCGUCAACCUUAGCCGCCUUCGAGAGGAUCACAGACAAUGUUGCCGCUUUAGAAGCGUAG